UUUUCAGGUAUUUUUUAUGAUUUAGGCUUUAAAUAAUUUCAAAUGUUGGCUGUAAAAAUUGCUCACACCUUUAAGUCGAGAAUUUUUUUAAAAAAUGUUGGACAAAGAUGUAUCAUGAGUGCUAUAAAACCCAUGCAAGAGCCAGAUAUGCUUCGGUUAAAAUGGCCACGUGCUAAUUUUAAUGUGGAAAAAAUGACUGAGCUACUUGAUCACGAUAACCAUGAGAUGAGGAAAGAACUUAGACAAUUUUUGAGCGAUCCAAUAUUUACACCAAAGUAUGAUACAGCUUUGAUAGAAGAAAGAGAGGUGGCGUUCCAACGUUUAAAGAAAAUAUGUGAUGCUGGCUAUAUUUCUGUGCUAGAUUUCCAGGAUAACCCCUUAAAAAUUUUUGCUGCUCAUGAAAUCGCAAGUAUUAUUGAUCCAGCUAUGGCUACUAAGAUGACAGUUCAGUUCAACCUAUUUGGUGGAACUGUUUUGAAGCUUGGUACAGAACGUCAUCAUUCCAAACUUCUUAAAAAAAUCGACUCUCUUGAUGAUGUUGGAUGUUUUGGUUUGACUGAACUUGGGUAUGGUAAUAACGCAGUUGAAAUGGAAACAACAGCAGUAUAUGAUAAAAGUAAAGAGGAGUUCAUUAUUAACACUCCCACUCCGUUAGCACAGAAAUAUUGGAUCACCAAUGGAGCAAUUCAUGCAAAACAUUGUGUAGUCUUCGCGCAAUUAAAUGUGGAUGAUGAAGAACAUGGCAUUCAUGGUAUUCUUGUUCCGAUACGGGAUACAAAUUUAAAAACUUUACCUGGUGUAACCGUGGAGGAUAUGGGAUCCAAGAUUGGUUUAAACGGCGUAGACAACGCUAAAUUGUCAUUUGACAACGUUCGUGUGCCCCGAGAAAAUUUACUAAACAAAUACUCUGACGUGGGGGAAGAUGGCGUGUUUCGUACCGACAUAAAAAGUUCCCGCGCUCGAUUCCUAACCGUAGCCGAUCAGCUCCUAUCUGGUCGGCUGUGUAUUGCCAGUAUGGCCCAAGGUGCUUCGAAAGCUGCUUUGACUAUUGCUCUUCGAUAUUCCGCAACAAGACUGACUGUUGGUCCAGAAGGAAAAUCAGAUGCAUGUAUUCUUUCAUAUCAGCUUCAGCAAAAUGCGUUAAUGCCUUUACUAGCUGAAACUUAUUGUUUAAACUUGGCUUUGAAUUAUGUAAAAGAAAGAUGGGCUAACCAAUCUCACGAUGGUUCAGAACAUGCCGAGAUUGUAACAAUGUGUUGUGUCAUUAAACCAUUUUGCGGAUGGAAUCUUGAGAACCUAGCAUCGAUAUGUCGUGAACGUACAGGUGGACAAGGAUAUUUAUCUGUAAAUCGUCUUGGCGUCUUCAUGAAUUUAUCACAUGCUUGUAUAACUGCUGAAGGCGACAAUGCCGUUCUUAUGCAGAAAGUUGCUAAGGAGCGUCUGUCAAUGUUUUUUCCCUCUGAUAUUAAACCUCCGCCUGUUGAAUUAUAUUCAAUCAAUUAUUUGCAUUAUCUUCUGGCUAAGCGUGAAGAUCUUUUAUUUAUGCAACUUAGAGAUGUUAUGAUGAAAGCAGGCAAAAGCAAGCUAUUUGAGACGUGGAUGCACGAAAGUAGCGAUCUAAUACAAGCCGCGUCCCGUUCAUAUGGUGAACGUUUAGUUAGCAAACGCUGUGAGAUAAUACGACAAUCCGCUGAUCCUUGCUUGACUGAAAUUUUGUUGAAUUUACAUCGCUUGUAUGCCGUAUCUAUCAUACGACGUCAUUUAGAUUGGUACAUCAUAAAUGACAUCAUUUCUAUUGAUACAGCCAAACAAUUCGACGCGCUCUUCACAAAUCUUUGCAAAGAAAUUGCACCCCAAUCCCUCGCGUUAACAGAUGCAUUUGGCCUAACAGAUAGUAUGAUCUCGGCACCAAUUGCUAUGGAUUGGGUUAAAUACAAUGAAUACGAUAACCAAGGAGAGUUAAUGUAAAAUUUUGCUUAUAUGAAUUCCCGAUUUAAACAUUUUCUAAAAUACUGUUUGACUAUUACUGGCACACUUAAAAAAUAAAAUGGUUAAAUUUUUUGUGAAAUUGAUUAUUCUAUAGAUGACUGGGUAAUCUUUUUUUCCGUGAAAUAUAUGUACAAUUAGAUCGUAUAAUAAAAAACGCAAAUGCUGUGU